AAUAUAUUUGAAAAUUUGAAAGUCAUUCCAAAGAUCAGAGUAAAUACGAAUGGCAGGAACUGCAACGGAUCCUGCAAUAGUUUGAUUGGUCAAUGAAAUACAGUUCAUCAUGGAGUACGUCGAUGCUGCAAAAAGUGAAAGCAACGACAACUCUUGUAACUCAACUUCUUAUACUGAAUUAGUAUCAAACACAAAUUCUAAUGAAAAUUUAUUGAUAGAAACAAAAGAUUCAACAUCAAAAUAUGAGAUUCAAGAUAUACAAAAAACAGAUAGUAAUAUUGCAACUACCUCGCAAGAUCCACCCCAAGAGAAUAUAGACUUCAAAGUAAUUUAUAAUAAGCAAAGGAUUAAUGUAAAUUUUCCACUUGAUGGUACAGUGGCAGAAUUAAAGGCUCAUCUUCAAAACAUCAUAUCUGUGCCUCAAGCUAUGCAAAAAGUUAUGAUUAAAGGAUUAGCCAAAGAUGAACAAACAUUAAGAAGUUUGGGUGUCACAAAAGGUGCCAAAGUUAUGGUAGUAGGAUCAAAAUUAGAUGAUGUAUUAGCCAUUUCAAUUCCAACAAAGCAGGAUUUAUCAGAUGAAGCUGCUUCCACUACAAAUAAGGAACCUUUAUCUCAACAGAAAAUGCAUAGGAAAGUAUUAGAUAAAGGUAUGCCAGAUGAUGUGAUGCCUGGUAUAUUAGAUAGUAAGGAACCAUUACCAGAAUUUCCAUUGGCUGGCAUGUUAAAUAAAUCUGGUGGUAAAGUUAGAUUAACAUUUAAAUUGGAACAAGAUCAGCUUUGGAUUGGUACAAAAGAAAGAACAGAUAAAAUACCUAUGAAUUCCAUAAAAGGUGUUCACAGUGAACCAAUACAUGAUCAUCCAGAAUAUCAUAUUAUGGCUAUACAACUAGGCACGACUGAGGCUUCGAGAUAUUGGAUAUAUUGGGUUCCUGCGCAAUAUAUAUCGGCUAUAAAAGAUGCUAUUCUUGGCAAGUGGUGCUACUUCUGAUCAAAUAUUGAAGGAAAUUUCUGUCUUUUCAAAAACAAAGCGUAAUCAGGUGUAAGCAUUGAUACAAACACGACUGUACUAGUCACACAUUUUUAACAGAGGAAGUGAAGAAAGAAGUUAUGAUGUUGCAUUUACAAUCUUUUGAAGUUCGUCGAGAAAUAAUUCAACUUUUACUAUAUUUAACAAUAUUAAAUAUAAUAUAUAGAUUAAAAUUAUAAUAAUUUAAAUAUUCAAAAAAAUGAAUUGUUUCAUAUUUUUAUAAAUUUAUUUUCUUAAAUGUUACACAUUAAAGACAAAACUGUUGCAAAUUAAUUUGACUUAAUUAAAAAAGAAUUAAAGAAUACGAAUUAUAAAUAGCAUUCAUCAAAUUGCAAUAAAUUAAGUUAUCAAGAAAUAUAGUCCGCAUUUUAUAUGAAUAAAAAAUGUAAUAAUAGCAAUGUUCGAUUAAAAAACAACGAAUUUGUCAAAAUAUAAUUGCACACGUCUUGAUAUUGGCCUACAUAUAAGACAAAAAAUUGUCUAGAAAAAUAUGAAUUAUAUCAAAAUUUUAUUAUAUUCUAAAAUUCAAGUGGACUGUAUAUCUCGACGAGCGUAAAUUAUCACAUAACGUUAGUAUUAUAACUGCUGUAAAUUAGGUUUUAUACUGUAUAACAUGUACAACUGAAAAAAUGAGAAUUUGAAAACAACAAAUCAAACUUGUAUUUAUUAUAAUAUCUAUAUGAAAUUCAUAACUAUUUGCACAUUUGAAAAAUUCAAUGUCCAUUUAAAACAAGACUUGUACAUCAUGUUGUGUGAUUUGAUAAAAAAUAAACAAUUUUAAGUCUU